AUGGAUACGCUAAGACGCACUUUCUCGACAGCGGGAUCUACGCGCCAUGGCAAUACACAACCCGAGAACGGGACCGGGGAGAUGAGCGAGUCCUCGAGUAACGGUGAUGAGCGAGUGCAGUUUAGUGGGGAUGGCCUGAACACAGGUGUCAAGGUGCUAGGCGACGGUCGUCUUGACAUUAAGAUCCACGAGCACAGGCCCAAGGUGGCAGAUCUCCUGAACCGCAUGCAAAGAAGUCCCCUCAUCUCCCAACGAACAUCUGAAAUGGAUCUUUCAGAAGACAGGGAUAGCCGAGAGGGUGUUCCAGACAAAGGGCAACCUUUCCCUCUGAAGUUAAAUAUUGUAAUCCAAGUGAUCGGUUCUCGUGGAGACAUCCAACCGUUCAUCGCGCUGGGCAAAGGCUUCAAGGAACAUGGUCACCGCGUCCGAUUGGCAACACAUCUUGCAUUUCGGGAUCCUGUCCUUGAAGCGGGCCUGGAGUUCUUCAAUAUCGGAGGCGACCCCGCUGAAUUGAUGGCUUUCAUGGUCAAAAACCCAGGACUGCUGCCCAAUUUCAGCACCAUCCGCAGUGGAGCUAUUCAAAAGCGUCGCCGUGAAAUGAAUCAAAUCAUCAACGGUUGUUGGAAAUCUUGUUUCCAGACCGGUGAUGGUACAGAUUUGCAUCAGAUUAAGGAGGAUCCGUGGAGCGACACUGUGGAUUGGCGACAGCGGCCAUUUGUUGCGGACGCAAUUAUAGCCAAUCCACCUAGUCUGGCACAUAUUCACUGUGCGCAAAGACUUGGUAUUCCUCUUCAUAUCAUGUUUACGAUGCCAUGGUCACCAACACAGUCUUUCCCACAUCCCUUAGCCGUCCUUCAUCCGCAACAGUGUAAGCCAACUGUUGCAAACUUCGUGUCAUAUGCUGUUGUUGAUAUGAUGGUAUGGGAGGGAUUGGGUGAUCUUGUGAACAAGUUACGAAAGAAAAUCCUAUCGUUAGAUCCACUAGACAGUAUCACCGCCCCCAGUCUCAUUCAUCGACUCCAAAUUCCUUGUACAUAUCUAUGGUCUCCCGCAUUACUUUCAAAACCACGCGACUGGUCUGAUAAUAUCGACAUCUGCGGUUUCAGCUUUCUUCCAUCAGAGUCAAAUUAUCAACCUCCACGCGAGAUACAAGACUUUCUUGAUGCAGGCCCAGUCCCAAUAUACGUCGGCUUUGGCUCUAUUGUUGUGGACGAUCCGAUCAAAUUAACUAAAAUUGUAUUCGGUGCAAUCGAACAAACCGGCCAGCGCGCCCUGGUAUCAAAGGGCUGGGGUAACUUGGGUGCCGAAGAUGUUGAGGUCCCUGAUAAUAUUCUUAUAAUUGGAAGUUGCCCCCAUGACUGGCUCUUCCGGCACGUCUCGUGUGUGAUUCACCACGGCGGUGCUGGUACUACCGCGGCUGGUUUGGCGCUUGGGAGGCCCACUAUCGUCGUUCCCUUCUUCGGGGAUCAAGAAUUCUGGGGGGGCAUAGUAGCAAGAGCCGGAGCUGGUCCUCAGCCAAUACCUCAUAAGCAGUUAACAGUGGAUAGCCUGAGCAGUGCGAUCGAAAUGGCUUUGAAGCCAUCAACGCACGAGAAAGCUCAGGAUAUUGAAAAUAAGAUGAAAAUGGAAUCGGGAGUGAAAGAUGCGGUCCGCAGUUUUCAUCAACAUCUUGACUUGGAAUCUAUGCGAUGUGCUAUUUGCACUGAUCGCCCUGCUGCAUGGCACAUUCGGCACACCAAGGUUGGACUUACGGGCCCUCUUAGUGCAAGUGCACAGGUGUUGUUUGGGGCCAUUUCCAACUUUGUCAUUGGCCUAGCCGAUGUUCCAGUGGGGUUUAUUGGGGAUCUGUUUUCUGCGGGUCGCAUGAUAAACCACCCCCAUGAUCAUACCAAUCCUAUUCAGGUGUAUCAUUGUCGUCGUGCGCACCGGCAGUCGCGUGCACGUUCUCGUUCUCGAUCUCGAUCACGCUCCCUAUCACGCGAACUUUCGACUCGUUAUUCCGAAGCCGAGGAGGGAAGUGAGGGCGAUAAUGAGAGGACACCAGAACAUUUUCAACGCGAGGCAGUGCUUGCUGACACGGAAGAGGAAGAUAGUGGAGAAGAACAAAGUGAUGAUAAUGUAUCGAUCUUCGAUGAUGAACAAGAACAUGCGAGCAGCAGUGUUUCGUCGGAAACACUGGGUAGACAGAUGAGCUUACAACUCGAAAAGCAAGUGACAAUGGGUUGUGAGAUGCGCGCUGGAAAACACACAGGAAUUGUCACCGAGGCCGCGAUACACUGGAGUAUACUAUCAAAACGACUUUUAAACCUUCUGAUUUGGAUACCCACCGAUGUCUCGCUUAGCUUGUCAAAGGGAUUUCAUAAUGCGCCAAGGCUCUACAAUGACCAAACGGUCACGGAUACUCCUAAGGUUCAUAGCUUUAGAAGUGGAUUCAGAGCAGCUGGAAAGGAAUUCACUGAUAGUUUUUAUCACGGCAUUACGGGUCUCGUCACGCAUCCUCGACGUGGCUUCAAAGAGAAUGGUGCCAAGGGCAUGAUGAAGGGUGUUGGGAAGGGCUUGGGUGGGAUUGUCUUUAAACCCCCAGCAGGUCUUUGGGGGCUUGCAGGCUAUCCAUUGACUGGAAUCCGCCGAACGCUGCUCGUCUCAUUGGGCAAAUCUCAGCAAAACCACAUUGUGGUUUCUCGAAUAGCGCAAGGCCAUGAGGAAAUGCCAAAAUCUUCAGAGGAAGAAAGGUCAGAAGUGAUCAGGAAGUGGAUACUUUUAGAAGAGGAAUUGAGAAAAGGCAAGCGAUACAUCCGGCGCAGCAGUAAACGGCAAUCCGAACAUGAUUUACCCGCUGCACCUGCGCCCACUGCGCCCACUGCGCCCACUGUACCCGCCCCGAGAAGCGUCCCCGAAAUUCGGAUCAACUGA